AUGGCAAUUGCAACAGCAGAAAAAUUAAUAGUAGUCGGAAUCGAUGAAAGUGACCAAAGUACACUUGAAUGGACUCUUGAUCAUUUUUUCGUACCUCUUGGUUCGAAUUCUGUUUUUAAACUCGUGGUUGUUCAUGCUAAACCUUCUCCAUCUUCUGUUGUUGGCUUGUCUGGACCUGGGGCUGCCGAUGUUGUGGCAAUUGUUGAUGUUGAUCUAAGAAAGACUUCAAAGAGAGCUUUGGAAAAGGCUAAAGACAUUUGUAUUGCAAAAUCUGUAAAAAUUGAUGAUGUGAUUUUCGAAGUGAUGGAAGGGGAUCCAAGGAAAGUGAUGUGCGAGGCCGUAGAAAGACACCGUGCAACCAUAUUGGUUGUUGGCAGCCACGGUUAUGGAGCAGUAAAAAGGGCUCUUUUGGGGAGUGUAAGUGACUAUUGCGCCCACCAUGCUCAUUGCAACGUGAUGAUCGUGAAGAAACCCAAGAUAACAAACUCACUAUGGAACAUUUUUUCACUUUGA